AUGCUCCGUGUGCAUUGUGCCGCAGAGAAACUAUUUAAUAGCUCAAACUAUCGAUGCCCACCACGUGUGUUUUAUACCACUGUUGGAAAAAAUACUUCACAAAAGAAAGGAUUAUCACAAUCGUCUUCUUCUUCUUCUGAAGUUGUAGCUGUUCCUGGCAAAACACAAGAUCUCCAGAGUGGUAAUGAUGAUAAAAAAUACACCGCAUCCCCUCGCAACAAGCGAUCAGAACAAACUGAUCGUUCCAGCAACGCUGGAUCAUCAUCGGCGACGUACAAAACAACGAGAAGGGUAUCACCGGAGAUCAAGGUAAAGAAACGUGCCCCAUGGGGAAUGCAACAGCUGCGGGAUUCGUGGAGUAUUGAUGCUAUGACGAAGGGUGAUAAAGAAAACAUGAGUGAACGAAUUCAUAGAGAAUAUCGCUAUCACCCAGAUGAAUUCCGUCGUGCUCAUAUUAAAUGGACUGCAUUUAUGAUGAUUCCUUCACUUUUGUUAGGUGCUUUUGGUGGAUAUUACUACCAUACAGGUCGACCAUUGUGGGAAGGUGACCCGCAGUACCUACUGAACAUGGUCAGACAGAUGGAUACAUCACCACGUAGUAAGUUGUACGCUUAUCGAAUUGAGGGAGUAGAGGAACUCCCAGAUCAUGUGAGGGCUUAUCGAGAAAAACAUUGGAAGAAGCGUCUCAUGUUGGAUUGA